AUGGAGGUUCAUCACGGGAUCAGGAAUGCGAGACUUCAAGGGGACUACAGUGAUUAUGCACUGACCGAACCUUGUCCUUUGAGGUCUACUGAUGAUCCUUCGGGGGAGAGCUUUGGUCACAUGGACCAACAAGGAGAAAGCAGGCAAAACGGAGCAGAAGGAGCUCGAUCGACUCCGCACAAGGUCGAUCGACCUGUACACGAGACCAGCUCGAUCGACCCUCACACGACAGGGUCGAUCGAUGCAUGCAUGAGAGCAGCUCGAUCGAUCCCAUGUCACGAGCACUCGAUCGAUCCCAUGCAGAGCAAGCAGCUCGAUCGAUCCCGUUCUGUCUCAGCCGUUCGAUCAAUCCCGGUUGAGAUCUCAAACAGAGAACUCAAGAGCAUACUUCAGAAGACAACAUGCAAGACAAGAAAGGAUUGGAGUGCCAAACAAGAUGAUGCUCUAUGGGCAUACCGUACUGCCUUCAAAACACCACUUGGUACAACCCCCUUUCAUCUUGUCUAUGGCAAGGCAUGUCAUUUACCAGUGGAACUUGAGUACAAAGCAGCUUGGGCUAUCAAGGAGUUGAACUUCAACCUCAAGACAGCAGGAGAAAGAAGAUUGAUCCAGCUGAAUGAGCUUGAUGAGAUUAGGCAUCUGGCCUAUGAGAAUUCAAAGAUCUAUAAGGAAAGAACCAAAGCUUUCCAUGACCGCAAGAUCAUCCCAAAGAACUUUGCGCCAAACAACCAAGUUCUACUAUUCAACUCAAGGUUGAAACUCUUUCCAGGAAAGCUUCGCUCAAGAUGGUCAGGACCAUUCAGGAUUAAAGAAGUUCGCCCCUAUGGAGCAGUGGUGUUAUGGGAUCCAAUGGGAGGAGACUUUACAGUCAAUGGACAAAGGCUAAAACCCUAUCUAGCCUCCACCACCAUACCACAGGAGACCACACUAUCUCUAGGUGAUCCACCAGAUCCUUAA